AUGGCUUCCAUUAUCGAAGCGAUUGACAAAGCAAAGACGUCUGUUGGUUACUCCGAACUGAAAGAGUAUCAGCAGAACACUGUUCAGGCAUAUCUUUCAAACAGAGAUGUCUUCGUUUCGGCGCCCACAGGAGCUGGGAAAAGCCUUGCAUUUGAGCUAGCACCAUACGCUUUCGAGCAUUUAUUAGGAAACAAGAAAUCAAUGGUUCUCGUGGUCGUUCCCUUGGUCUCGCUGAUGAAAGAUCAAGUGAACAACUUAGUUAGUCGUGGAAUUCCUGCCUCGUAUGUUGGGGACGACUGUUCGGAAGAUCAACUGACAGAUAUUUUGAAUUUCAAGGCCAGAAUUGUGUUUGGGAGUCCCGAAGCUCUUCUGAACAGUUACCGUCACAUAUUUCGCCAGUUGAAAAGCAACUUAAAAGCCGUGUUUGUCGAUGAAAGCCAUUGCAUCGCGAAGUGGGGAAAAGACAGUGUCACUGAAGAAGCUUUUAGAAGAGACUAUGGAAGAUUAUCAGAACUUCGUUCAUUGGUGCAUAGAGAUAUUCCUGUUAUAGCACUCACAGCGACAGCAACUGAAGCAACACAAAAGACCAUUAUUAAAGAUUUGUGUAUGAAGAACUGUGUAGAGAUUAUUGGUGACCCAAAUAAGCCCAACAUUCGAUAUUCUGUAAAGGAUGUGGAUCACGAAAACUUGUAUGAUACUUUUAGGUCAAUUAUUGAUGAAUUAGAAGAAAUGCAUGUGAAUGCUACAAAGGUCAUUGUGUUUUGUCGAAGAAAGGAACAUGCAAAAGAACUGUUUGAACUAUUUACGCAGUGUCUUGGACCGAAGGCCUAUUAUAGACCUACUGGAAAGGAGCCUGUGGAUGACAGGUCUCGACUAUUUGCAAUGUACCACAAGAAAACACACAGUCUUGUAAAAAAGACAAUAGAGACUGAGUUUUGUAAGGAGAAUGGUACUGUUCGAGUGGUAUUUUGCACUAUUGCAUUCGGAAUGGGUGUGAAUGUAAGAGGAGGAAAUGUGGUUAUUCAUCUGGGACCAUCAAGUGGGCUUGAUGAUUAUCUUCAGGAAUCAGGCAGAGUUGCGCGCAACCAAGCAAGCUCUCAUGCAAUACUUUUGAAGUACAAAGGCUGUACCCGUAGCAGCAACAUCACCAAGCAAAUGAAAGAAACGUCAGGAAUAACACAGAUUACUUGCAUUCCAACUGAUCACCAGUCUAAGUUUGAAAAUCUCCUAAGAUCUACAGCUACCAGUUCUAAUGGUGAGAACAAGGGGAUGAAGCUCAGACCGGAAAGGGCAAAACAGUUGAGAGACAAUCUUUUGGAAUAUCGCCUUCAACUUGCAGGUGACAUGAAACAUGAACAGCUGCUGAUUGGCUUAGAUUUGAUUACUGGUUUCACAAGAAAUCUAAUAGAUUCAAUUGUUGAAAGUUCAAGGGAACUUUCCAGUGUUGAAAUGCUUUUGAAGAGAUUCAGUUUCUAUGAACAGAAACAUGCUGAAUAUGUUUGGCAAUCCCUGUGUGACUUAAGUGACAGCAAUAGUAGUGGUGAUGAUGAUGACAUGCAAGAAACAGACAGGGAGUGUCAGGAUAGGGACACUGGCAUUGAAAUGAGUGACAUUGGAUUUCUUUCCCUAAGAUGCAGACACCCAUGCUUACAAGACAGCUCUGAAGACAGUGAAUAA